UUUUGGCCCCAGCACCGUGCGCGCCCCCGCGCGGAGCCCUGCGAUGGCGCGGCGGCGGGCGGACCGAACCCGCAUCCACUCGUCCGCGUAGCGGACUCCGGGCACGCCGCGUCGGCGGCCCUGCCUCGGCCUCGCUGGUGGCGGGCCCUGCCUCGGCCUCUUGCCGACAUGCGGGCGGGGCGGGCGGCGUGCGCCCUCGGCGCCCUCCUGGCCGCGGACGCGCGGCUCGCGGCGCAGCGUCGGGGCGCCGCGCGCGGCACCGCCGGCCGCAGCACCUGGAGCGGCGCCAGCGGCCAUUGGAGCAGGGGAGGUGAUCCACUUCGUCGCUGACGUCUUCGACCCCUUGGCGGGAGGCUGGCCUGCCGCCUCGUCCGCCAGCGGGCCCGCCGGGGCCGUGCACCUGAUCGCGGGCGUGGGCGACCCCGCCGAGGCGGCGCCAGCCCAGCUGACGCAGCGCGAGACGCUCGAGGGGACGGCGGAAGCCGCGGCGUCUGGCGUCGCCAAGAUGGUGUUCGGCCUGCUAUUCGUGGACAUCGCGGUGCCCGUCCACUGGUUCAACGAGGAGCGCAGCGCGAGGCUCCACGCGCUGCUGGUGCACGGGCGCAGCCAGUGCGUCAGCCUGAGUGAUGGCGAGCCGAAGGAGAGCAACCGUGGCCGCCUGGUGCACGUGCAGGGCAGGGCGAAGGGCGUGGUGCCCCUCGCCGACCACCAGUUCCCCGACGCCGAGGUGAAGGGUGCCCUGAAGCUGCAGAGCACUGUGGAGGUGUACGAGUGGACCCAGCGCCUCAAGACUUGGAUGGAGGGCCCGCACAGAAAGACGCAGCCCCGUUUCCAGCAGGAGUGGACGACGGCCCACGUCGACACGCGGGCCUUCAUGGGGCCCAGCCCGGAGAACCCGCGCCUUCCGGCCGGGCUCGCCCUGGGCACCACCACCCGGGCGUGCCCCCGGGUGCAGCUCGGGGGCUUCGUGCUGACGGAGGACAUGGUCGGGCACCUGCGCCAGUUCGAGCCGGCGAUGCCGCACCUGCCAGACACGCUCACCGCACACGUGCCCAGCAACCUCGUGUUCUUUGCGGACCGCCAGGAUGGCUACUACUACGCGCGGCCCAGCGCCGGCCCAGGGGCGGCCCGGAGAGGCCCGCGGCCCUUCACCGGCCACCAGGUGGGGGACAUCCGUGUGCGAUUCAUGUACGCGCCGGAGACCGACGCCACGGUUGUGGGGGUGCAGUGCCAGAAGGACGGCUGCGACAGCUUCGUGCCCUUCCGCCCCAUCUCGCGUCCGCCGUGGGUGCAGGGGGACAGCGAGCGCCAGAAGCUCAUCGAGGAGGGCGACAGGCCCCUCAGGGAGCUGCGGCGCGAGGCCUCCUGCUGCUGCACCGGCGGCGUGGCGUCGUGCUGUUUCUGCACCUGCGGCGCCAUCGCGCACUGCUGCCAGGAGGAGGUCAUCACCGAGGAGAUCUUCCACGUUUCGGGCCAGCUGUGCCCCAAGGAGAAGGCCUUCGAGCACGUCGUCCAGCGGAACCCGUGCCGCGUCUGGAACUUCCGCUUGCUCGGGUCGUGCAUCAUGUUUUGGGGCGUCGGCAUGAUCAUGGGGCCUUUGCAGGGGCCAGUGUUGGGUUCUUUGGGCGCGAUUGGUGCCCACGUCAACCUCACCCUCUUGACCGUGGUCGUUGCGCUCGCAGUCCACGCGCUCAUCGUCGCGGUUGCCUAUUCGUGCUACCACCCGCUUGCGGCGUUCCAGUGGUAUUGCGUGGCGGCGGCCACCCUGGCCGCGCCCUUCGUGGUGGGCGAGCUCGCGUGAGCAGGCCAGCCUCGCGCGUUUUGGCCGAGGCUUCGGGCGCCGUCGUCGCCAGGCGGGCCGGGAGGGAGGAGCCAGUGUCCUCGUGGAGAAGCCUGUGGCCGGCUGGCUAGCCUCGCGCGCUUUGGCCGAGGCUGCGGGGAGCCGUCGUCGCCGGGCUGGGUGCUCCUCCCUCUCCUUCACCUCUUUCUCC